AUGUCGAGAGCGCACAUUGUGAGCCAAACAUCUGCCCAUGACGCGUCGCAGUCUGUCAAGUCUUCAUCCCUCCCUCUACCUGCCCCGUCGCCAUCCGCUUCUUCGCUGCUGGUCGCCAGAGUCACUUCUGCUUCUUCUUCCCGCCAUUUCCCACUCGACGACGAUUUGCAGCAGCCUCUGCAUUCAUCCAACACCAGGUCCAACGUAGACCUCAUCUCUUCUUCUUCGCCUCAUGCUAGUCCUUCUUCGCGCCCGCACACGCCUUCACGCGCUACCAGUGCGAGAGCAGCAGCCUCUAGCGCCUUUGUCAAAGCCUCGCAGCUGAUCGAUCGGUCAGAGUUGCGCAGAGAGGUGGCGCCGCGCGUCUCUGCCAAGGCAUCUGACGGACGAGCCUCGGGAUGCUGCGAAGGGGUAGAGAUGACAAAGUCGUGUGCAUCGUUGAUGGAAGCAGCGCCGCCCAUCUCGCAGAAGAGGAGCGCGCAUUCCAAUGGCAGAUGCAGAUGCAGAUGCACCACAUCAUCCGCACAAGCUCCACAAGCCAGCUCUUCGCCACUGCCACUGCCACGCACAAAGCAGGCUGCCGCCUCUUUCUUCUGCUCGUCCGAAGAGCCUCCUGCAGCACGAGAUGCGCGCAGAUCGAAGCUUUUGCGCCCUGUCGCUGUCGAUUGCCAGAGAUCUGCUGCCAACUGCGGCGCGCUUCGAGCAAGUGCGUCGCUUGCUGAAGCGCUUUCUGUCAGCCGAAGCGAGACGCGAGAGGAGGAGGAGGAGGAUAAUGGCGCAGGUGCUGUGUCGAGCGCGCAACGGCUCGAGUUGAGUCGAUGUUCGCUAA